CCUUUGUGGGUGCGCAAAAAGGCAACCAGGUUCAAUGAACCUGGAAGUUGUAUGUUCUUGUUUUAUUAUCUCCAUCAUCAUUCUUCAUCGCUCACAAAAUGGGCUGAUGAAGAGAGGUAUCAAACAUCUAUGUUUCAAUGGCUUCACGGGCUACUCAUCACUUCAUCAUCAUUAUCAUGCCUUCGCUACUUGCUUCAAAAACAACACAUGUAUGGUUUUAGGUAAAAUAAAAACAUGGUACUAAAGAAGAAUAUGCAUGUGGGUGCGUGAGAGAAAAACUCGUUAUCUUCUUGCUAAUGAUUUUGGAAUAUUGAUGUAUUAUUAAUUCAUUAUUGACCUAUUUGACUAAUUAACCCCUCUUGGCCGGUUAAGGAUCAAAGAUGUUUUCCAAAAGUUGUAUAUAUGUAUGGUUUGCAAUUCUAACCAACUAGACCGGUUAGGGGUAAGUCAGCAUUCUCUCCUCUGAUCUAUGUAUAUGCGUUUCUUUGGUCGACUCAUCUCUCCCAAAAUAUACUUGAUCGGAGAAGAGAAGAAGAAUGCUAACUUAUCCGGAAUGGGCUAGCUGGUGAUUUUAGACAUUAUGCAUGGUAUAUAUAUAAGAAAAUGUCUAAGAUCUAAAGGAAAGUUGUAUGUUGGUAAUAUUUUUUUUUUUUAACUCCAUGCAGGAUCAAGCUCAAAGAACGGCGUAAAACCGGAGUCAAACAUCUUUGCAUGACUCAUUACAAUAUGCUCUAGAUGAUGGAUUGAUAUGAAUAUGCGAGAAAUAAAAUCAGUAUGAAACUAACUAUAAAUAGUAUUACAUUUAGAGAUUCAAGUAUGAUAUAUAAAAUAUGAGUCGUCGUGUUCAUGGCUUGCAGCAUGAAAAAAGGAAGAGUUCCCCUUUCAAAAACUUCAAUUUCUUUUGUAAAGAGAAAAAAAACAAAAUUUAUAUGUAAUCGUUGUCUUGUACUUUAUUUUCAUUCUCUAUUUUGCAAUGGACAAAUUAAGAUUAUAGUUGGUUGUAA